AUGCCACAGAACGUGUCAGGGGUGAGCAGAGGGCAUACCAGGCGGCGAGAGGGGUUGAAGGUUGUGAUAGUAGGUGAUGGUGGAUGUGGGAAAACCUCCCUCCUCAUGGUUUACACUAAAAAAGGCUUUCCAGAGUGGUACCCUGAGGUGCAUCACUUCUGCCAUGGCGUGCCCAUUAUCCUGGUAGGAUGCAAAACAGACCUGCGGAAAGACAAGGCCUUGGCAAGGAAACUGUGGUCUUCAGGCCAGAACCCCAUCACAUACAUCCAGGGUGAAGAGACCAAAAGGAAGAUCAAAGCUGAGCUCUACUUGGAGUGUUCAGCCAAAUACAAGGAGAAUGUGGAGGACAUAUUCAGAAAGACUACCAAACGAGCCCUUGCAACAACAAGGAAGUCCAGAAAGGCAAAGAAGAGGAAUGGAUUCUGUGCCCUUCUGUGACCCAAGAGAUAAUGCUAUCCACCACCAUGAGCUCCUGAUACAGACAAUGCCCUACUCUCAGGGAAAACACAGAUGAUGACAGACUACUCCUCCCUAUGAGUCCUUACAGUAUUGUUGCUGCAGUUUACCCUUCUGUUAACCAACUUCCUUUGUUGUUCCUUCCUGCUAAUUCUUGACAUAUUGUCAAAAUGUGUUUCUUUAAAAGAAAUGGACAACGCCCUCAAGUUAUAGAACCACAAAUGGGGAAAUUUGGUCUUAGAAAAUUAAGGAUGCAUGAGGGGGAAGUUGAAGGUACCAUUGUAUAAUAAUUGAUGGCACCAUUGUAUUUUUCAUUUUGAUGCAUCCAAUCUUUUAAUUUAUAUAAAAAAGAAGGUUCACUCAAACAGUAAUUCACAUAGUACAUCUCAUAGAUGUAAAAAAAUAUAUAUAUAUAUAUAUAUAUACAGUGGGGAAAAAAAGUAUUUAGUCAGCCACCAA